GCCAGGUGACUUGCUGGUUGGAUAGUGGUGGCUGCGGCUGCCACAGAGCUAUCCAACUUGUGGCUUUGCUUCCUCUCUUUCUUUCUCUUUAGUAGCACAGAAUCACUCAGCCCUAGAUUCCUCUGAGUUUCGGAACCCAAGAGGUCUGUGAGGGCAUUUUGCAAUAUCUGAGGCCCCUGAGAGAGUCCCCAGCCACUUCAGAAUGUUUGGAGUCCCUGGGUAAGUGCUUUUUCUCCCAGCUGGGUCAGCUGUUGGGUGGCCCAGAGAGAAAACAAGAAAGAGUUGUUUCCGUCUUGUCACUGCUGAAAAUGCUAACGGAGAAUCACUCAACAUUUGGUAUCUCAGUAACGAAGAAGACGCAUACAUCUCAAAUUGAAAUUAUUCCAUGCAAGAUCUGUGGAGACAAAUCAUCAGGAAUCCAUUAUGGUGUCAUUACAUGUGAAGGCUGCAAGGGCUUUUUCAGGAGGAGUCAGCAAAGCAAUGCCACCUACUCCUGUCCUCGUCAGAAGAACUGUUUGAUUGAUCGAACUAGUAGAAACCGCUGCCAACACUGCCGAUUACAGAAAUGCCUUGCCGUAGGGAUGUCUCGAGAUGCUGUAAAAUUUGGCCGAAUGUCGAAAAAGCAGAGAGACAGCUUGUACGCGGAGGUGCAGAAACACCGGCUGCAGCAGCAGCAGCGUGACCACCACCAGCAGCCCGGGGAGGCCGAGCCGCUGACGCCCACCUACAACAUCUCGGCCAACGGGCUGACGGAACUUCACGACGACCUCAGCACCUACAUCGAUGGGCACACCCCUGAGGGGAGCAAGGCAGACUCUGCCGUCAGCAGCUUCUACCUGGAUAUACAGCCUUCCCCGGACCAGUCAGGUCUUGACAUCAAUGGAAUCAAACCAGAACCAAUCUGUGACUACACACCAGCAGCAGGCUUCUUUCCCUACUGUUCUUUCACCAACGGAGAGACUUCCCCAACUGUGUCCAUGGCAGAACUAGAGCACCUUGCACAGAAUAUAUCUAAAUCACAUCUGGAGACUUGCCAAUAUUUGAGAGAAGAACUCCAGCAGAUAACAUGGCAGACUUUUCUGCAGGAAGAGAUUGAAAACUAUCAAAACAAGCAGCGUGAGGUGAUGUGGCAAUUAUGUGCCAUCAAAAUAACAGAAGCUAUACAGUACGUGGUGGAGUUUGCCAAACGCAUUGAUGGAUUUAUGGAACUGUGUCAAAAUGAUCAGAUUGUGCUUCUAAAAGCAGGUUCUCUAGAGGUGGUGUUCAUCAGAAUGUGCCGUGCCUUUGACUCUCAAAACAACACCGUAUACUUUGAUGGGAAGUAUGCCAGCCCAGAUGUCUUCAAAUCCUUAGGUUGUGAAGAUUUUAUUAGCUUUGUGUUUGAAUUUGGAAAGAGUUUAUGUUCUAUGCACCUGACUGAAGAUGAAAUUGCAUUAUUUUCUGCAUUUGUCCUGAUGUCAGCAGAUCGCUCGUGGCUGCAGGAAAAAGUAAAGAUUGAAAAACUGCAACAGAAAAUUCAGCUAGCUCUCCAACACGUCCUACAGAAGAAUCACCGAGAAGAUGGCAUACUAACAAAGUUAAUAUGCAAGGUGUCUACAUUAAGAGCCUUAUGUGGACGACAUACAGAGAAGCUUAUGGCAUUUAAAGCAAUAUACCCAGACAUUGUGCGGCUUCAUUUUCCUCCAUUAUACAAGGAGUUGUUCACUUCAGAAUUUGAACCAGCAAUGCAAAUUGAUGGGUAAAUGUAUCACCUGAGCACUUCUAGAAUGUCUGAAGUACAGAUAUGAAAAAUGAAAAAAAUUAACCGAGACACUUUAUAUGGCCCUACACAGACCUGGAGCGCCAACACACUGCACAUCUUUUGGUGAUCGGGGUCAGGCAAACGAGGGGAAACAAUGAAAACAAAUAAAAGUUGAACUUGUUUUUCUCAUGCAUAUGAUUUCCAUUAUGCCUACAGAUAUGGACCCUUUUUCUGUCUUGACUUCUUGAUCGUUGACCUCUGUUUACACAGGAGGAAGGUACUAAAGUCGGAUUUCCUUUUCUCGUAGCUCACUGCCCACAGACUUUCUACAGAGUCGCCAAUCUGUCGGUAACAACAGAGAGCUGAGCAAUAAUCGGUGACUGGUGUGCAUAGCGGAGGUUGCAGCAUUACUUUGCACAACUUGCUCUUUGUUUCAUGAAGGAAGUUUUUUUUUUUUUCCCCACCGAUUAUUGCCAGUCAGCAGGAUGGCAUGAAAAGGGUCCAUAGCACUAGCAACAAUAGCAUUAUAAUAUAUUACAGGGUAAAUGGGCAUGAAGACUAUAUAUAGCUAAAAGAGAUAUUGUUUAUAUAUUGUUUUAAUUAAUAUAAAAUGUAGUUACUGGUGUAGCUUUUCCUGUUGAAUUGAUAAGGCACUUUCAUUUUGCACCUUUUUCUUUAAAUUAAAUGCUAGCGUGUUCACUGUCGUGUCGCAUGUGCACCAGAAACACAAGUUUAACUGAGAAGGCUUGGAAGGUACUUCGGGAGGUAUUUAUGCUGCUGUUUACAAAAUUACUUUUAAAAGACUGGCUGGUCAUAUCUAGAAAUCAUGAUGUUCAAUUAUUUUUUUUACACAUGAAUUUGGAAUUAGAAACUGAACUCUCCAUAAAUAAAACUUCACUUUCUGGUAAGUUUAAAGAUAGAUGUGUUUAUGCUUCAUACAAAGUUGAAUGAUCAAUUGGUGCUGUGGAUUUAUACCAUCAUGCAAAUUUAAAAAAAAAAAAAGCUGUUAAAAAUGCCACCUCAAGGAGGUAGGGAAGGGGAGGCUUAUUUUAGUAGAUAUUUGGAUUCUGUCUCAACUUGAAAUCCUUAUGCUUUGAAACAAACUAGUAACCAGAAUAUUUAUUGGAAUCUAACUUUUAUUAUAAGGAGGAUGCAAAGACUAUAUCUGGAGCAAGCAUACACUCCACAUGUGAAGACAUGAAGCAUAUACUUUGUGAAUGUUCUGUUCUUGGUAUAAUCUAGGAACCAUAACGGUUUAUCCAGAGUUAACUAAUUCUAAACUAAAUGCCUCUGGAUACUGUAAUUCUACAAUAUGGCCCUCCAUAUUUUAAAGACAGUGGACAGGAGGGUGAGGGAGGCAAUAACGAACCAGGUUCUCUUAUUUAAAUAUUAAAUAUUUUAAGGAUUUAAAGUGAAGUUGAUGCUAGCUGCAAACAUUUACUCUUGUAUUUAUCUUCCUAGAAAACUGUGGACUGUAAUUUAUUUUAUCAAAUAUUUAGAAGAUUGUUUGGCUUGUGUGUUCAGGUGAGAAAUACUGCGUUGUUUUUUGUCUCGUUUCGUUUUUAUUUUUAAAAAUCCCCAGUCAGGGAGGGGGAGGAAUAAUCCGAUAGACUUGUGCAUAUUUUAAAAACAAGGUGACCUGAUGGGAAUCUAGGCACUUAGAAGAUCACACCAGGGUUAAGAGUCAAACUUCUGAUCUGACAUCCAAGGCUAUGUUUGUAUACAUUUUUACAGAAAAGGGAACAUCUCCCUGUUGUGUAAAAGUAGGAGUUUCUGAGCAGUGCUUUAGAGACAAGAAAGUGUUUUCUGCCACUAGGGUUCCCCUGAAGCUUUCCAGGGAGGUGCUAGCAUGGGUUUCCCAAGUCCCUGCACUCUGCUCCUAACUCCAUGACAUUCUGACUUUUUUCCUGGAGGAAUUGGAAAAGGGGAUGGGAUUAUUUACACAGAAGUGUGUAUGAAGCCUAAAUAACAUCUAAAAUAUUCUUGUUUCAAAAAUAUAGUAAGGGUUUAAUCAUAAAGAGAAGACAAGAGUAACAUUUACUUAUAUUUCUUAUGGGCAUAUAAAACUUGAUGUAAGUAUUUAUAUAGAGGGUUAACUGUCAGCAUAUAGUAUUUAUAUUUGGACAAGAAGAGUUAAAUCAAAUUUUUAAUUUAAGAAAGUAUAGUUCCUUUAAAGAUCAAUAGUAUUUAUACUCCAAAAAAGAGUACCAAGUUUAAUUUAGUUAUUUAUUUGUCCAUUUUAUUCUAUCUUUCUCCUUUGGGGAAAAAUGGUGGGGUUUUAUGUUUUGUUUUUGUCAUUCUGAUUCACUAAAUUUGGGGAUAGUUUUAUUAAAGUAUAUUAACUUCUUUUUAACCAAAGCUUUCUGAAUAUGACCAGCCUCAGGUGCUAGCGCAUUAAAGAACAACUAAACCUAAUUCCAGUGUCCACUUAUGAGAUAAGAAGAGCUAACUGAACUUUCCUAAGGGUGAGAGAGAACUUAAUGUUCAACUUACUUAAAAGAAAUUCUUUUUUCCGGAGAGGAGUUUGCAUGUACGUAAUGCAAAAAAAAAAAAAAAAGGAAGCAUCUCUAAUCUCAGUAAUAGUCACAUCAUGGUGACAUUGCUUUUAGGGUAAACCAAGAUAAAUAAUGUGAUGCUGCUACUAGGUCUUUCUGAAAGAAAAGCAGGAUGUGGAAUUUAAGAGCAGGGUACAUUGUGUAGGAAAAGAAUAGUGGAGACAUUUUUGGUGAAAUGAGGGAACAACGAACUGUUAUUUAGAUCUAAAUUGGGAUCUGAAGCUAAACAAUAAAUUCAAUUGAAAAAAAAAUAUGGAAUCCAGAAAAAGAUGUGGACAUUUUUGCAGUUUUACUUUUUUCCUUACCUGUGUGAUGACACCAACUAUUUGAUAAUACCACAACAAUUAUUCUUGGUAGUUCUUAUAAAGUUUCCUAAACUCAAGUGUUCAAAAGUCUUUUAAGGUUUGGAACCAUAUCAUUGUCAUCUUGGCUGCUACAAUGAAGUUUAUGCAUUAUUUACCUUCUGUUACAGUGGUGCCCAAACAGUUGCUAUACAUUUUGAAAAAAUUGGCCUUGGUCACAAUGAAAACAAAAGUGCAGAUGAAAGUGAUUUUGGACUGUUUUCAAAUUAUGUUAAAGCUAUGAAUCUUUUAAGUGUUCAGCAUCCUAACUUACGUUACAGAGAUGUUUUUCUAAAAAGUCUUCAGCAUCCUAAUUCACCCUUCCUAACUUAAGGAAACACAACUUAAGACACUGCUUCUAAGUUUGGUUGUUCUUUAUAGUGUGGAUACCCAGUUCUCUGUGAGCAUAGGGGAUAGGGUGGGGGUCAGAUGAAGAGGGAGCAUGAGUGUGUAUGUGUAUGUGAGUGUGUGUGCACGUGCGUGUGUGAUGUGCGUGCAUAUGAUGGGCGUGCGUCGGACCGCGUCUAGGCUACUAAGUGUCAAUGGAAAAGAAAAUGUAUUCAAAAUACUUAAAUCUAGAGGAUGGAAAAAAAAGAUUUAUUCUAUACAAAGCCUUGUCUGGACCACUUUAGAGAGACUUCUAUUUUUUUAACCCUUCUAUAAAUAUUUGAUGGCACUUGAAAUAUUCCUGCAAUAAAAUGUGAUUUGUGUAAAGAAAAAAAGAUUUUGUAAUGUGAAACAAUGAAAGAAAGUAAUGUAAUUUUCUAAAAAAACAAAUACAAACAAACAAACUUUGUA